ACAGCUCACUUUGCCAGUAUCUAUACUGUUGCUUUUGCCGUCAGCUUCACAAAGCAUCAGAAUCUCUUCUCCACCAAUUCUUCGCCCUAGAGAAGAACAUGGUUACGCCCAUUUCCCAAGAAAUGUAAAGUUUCCACAUUUCUACAUAUCGGAUCAAACUGAGUACUCUGUAGACUGUGUAGUUCUUGAACCAUUCAAAGUUUCAAACAUACAUACUGUACUUCUGUAUCUUUUAAGCUUUUUACCCUCGAAAUGCACGACCCAACGCGCCUGAAAUCUCAACCUCACCACCACAAUCGCCGCCGUGAACCGCCGUCACAUCAUCGCCGGGCUUGGUGUUGCUCAUUUACUGUACCACCACAUAGUCCGGAGAACCCAGCUGUAGUUCCGGCUCAAAAUCCCAAGAAGACCCAAUCUUUUCUAAAACCGGAAGUACCCACGAAGUCUUCUUCCAAUUCCUUAUCUUCUUUCCCUAAUUCUCCUCAAAACCCCUCCAGACUGACCCGAAUUGACCCACGUCGGAUCCUCUCACCGGGUCGGGUCUCUCCGAUUGAUUCUAUCGAUGAAACCCUAAACCCGACCGGCCCGGUUAGUUUCCCUGAGAUACCCAAGUCGCCGACUCCGGUUGAUUGUGAGCAGCAAGCUAGUGGUGGGGUUGGGGUUAGGGAUGAUUGUAGUUUGGGGAUCUUUGAUGUGAGGUUGAAUCUGAAGGGAAAGAAUGGUGGUGGUUUAGUGUUGGAGCUUAGCUCUGAGGUUCUUAGUACCAAUAGUUCUGUUUUUGCUGAUUUGAUUGCUGACUAUCGGAAAAAUUCGAGGGGUUUGUGUAGGAUAGAGGUGCCUGAUGUGGAGAAUUUAGGUGUUUUUCGCGAUACAAUUGAGCUUAUGUUUGAGGAUGAUAUUCCUCGGAAACUUCUCAGGGUCGGUGCUUAUCGCGCCAUUGAUGUUCUCGAGGUAUCAGCUGGAAUCAAAUUCAACCGGAGUGUUUUAUCAUGUUUGAAGUACCUUGAAGCUGUUCCUUGGACUGAGGAAGAGGAAGAGAAAUUGAGAAGAUUGUUUAAUAAAAUGAAGUUUGAUCAUGAAACAGCUAGAGACAUUUCGGCCAGACUCUAUGCUCUAGAUAUGACAGAUUCCCAACAGACUUUGUCUAAGCAGCUUGUUUGGUCUGUGACCACCUGCGUUGAUGCCAAUUCAAGAAACGAGCUAAAGUCCUUAGUCAAGGGUCUCCUGUGCAAAAGCUCAGUCUAUGAAAAGGACUGCUCUGAUCUGAACAAGGUGGAUAUAUUUGCAAUAUGCCUAUCUUGUAUAAGUUCACUUGUUAGUUUGCUUGAGGAGGCAACUGCUACGAGUCCAUCUGUAAAAUUGGCUAAGAAAGAAGACCGGACUCUGAUUGACCGCAUAUCUAAGCAGGUUGACAACAUCAUAUGGCUGCUUGAAAUUUUGCUCGAUCACCAGAUGGCGGAGGACUUGGUGGAUAUAUGGACCAAACAAAGUCAGUUGCUUGCAAUGCAUAAAUGCGCAUCUCCAUUGGUCAGAUACGAGCUUAGCCGGGUGACAGCUAUGCUAUUCAUAGCAAUGGGCACUGGGAAAAUGCAUUGCCGCUCUGAAGCAAGGUCGGGGCUUCUUCAGACAUGGUUUAGACCGAUGCUAUUGGACUUUGGAUGGUUACAGAGAUGUAAAAAAGGCCUAGACAUGAAGGCACUGGAGGAAGCGAUGGGUCAAUCACUCCUUACUCUUCCUUUGAAGGAACAAUAUGUUCUGUUUAUGGAUUGGUUCAAGUGUUUCUCAAAGGAUGGUACUGAAUGCCCUAACCUUAGCAAAUCAUUCCAGAUAUGGUGGCGACGAUCGUUCUUGAGAGGCUCUGAAACUCAUGCUAGUGAAUCUAGGUAGAAUGUUUGUAUUUUUAGUCCUGUUUUCUUUCUAGUGGGAAUGCUGUAACUUGGGCAAUCUGAAACACUUGGGAAGUCAAUAAUGUAGAUUAAC